AUGCCCGCGGAGAUUGAGCAGGAUGGCAUUGCCACGUCGGCGAUACCGCGUUCAAGCUCGAGCAAUGAUCAUUCAAUAACAACGGCUGAGGGGAACUUUGAGAUUGACGAUGCGCAAUCGCGAUCGCAUACCUCUAGCAUCGGGGCUGGGGAUGAAGAGAAGCACAUGCCGGAAGAGCACAUGCCGCUCCCACGACAAUCGACCGAACUAGAUCCAGCAAUUCAAGUCCCGCGUUCACAGCGCCGAGGACUGUUUGGCCAGUUCACUCUGGUGGCAGAGGUCGAGAACCCAAAGACCUACGCCCGAAAAAUGAAGUGGUUCAUUACGUUCAUCGUUGCUGUUGCAGGAGCUACAGCGCCAAUGGGCUCGUCCAUUUUCUUUCCUUCGCUUUCCCAGGUCACCAGGGAUUUGAACACUACGACUACAAUUACUAACCUGUCAAUCGCCCUGUACAUGCUCAGCAUGUCUAUCUUCCCGUUGUGGUGGUCAUCAUUCAGUGAACGGCUCGGACGACGUACGAUCUAUUUGGCUUCUUUCGUCCUUUUUGUAGUCUUCAAUUGCCUCUGUGCCGUCUCGAACUCUAUCGCCAUGCUGAUCGUGAUGAGAAUGCUCAGCGGCGGUGCAUCCGCUUCCGUCCAGGCGGUAGGUGCAGGAACCAUUGCGGAUCUAUGGGAUUCCCACGAACGAGGCCGUGCAAUGGGCAUCUUCUAUCUGGGCCCUUUGUGUGGGCCUUUGUUUGCGCCCAUCGUGGGCGGUCUACUAGCAGAACGUUGGGGGUGGAGGAGUACCAUGUGGUUUCUUGCCGCCUACGGGGCGCUCACGGUUAUCUUCAUCUUCCUCGCUCUGCCAGAAACGCUUGUCGUGCGGAAGCCUGUUCUUCCUGCCCUGGCAGAUGAUGAUCUCACUCCUGUCAGUCGCCCGCUCAGCCGAGUGUCCUCGCGUCAGGUCGUCAGCUUCACGACCAAAUGGCUCAAGUGGUUGAAGAUUGUCUUCAUCGAUCCUUUGAAGAUUGUUCUGUACCUGCAGUAUAUCCCCGUGCUUCUGACUGUCUACUAUGCAAGCAUUGCAUUCGGCUCGCUGUAUGUUUUGAACGUGAGUGUUGAAGACUCAUUCGGUAAGCCACCGUACAAUUUCAGCACAAUCAUUAUUGGCUUGCUCUACAUACCCAACUCCCUGGGGUAUGUGGUGGCUAGUCUAUUCGGUGGACGGUGGAUGGAUAACAUCAUGCAACGCGAGGCGAAGAAGGCAAAUCGGUAUGAUGAGAAAGGUAGGCCGAUUUACCGCCCCGAAGAUCGAAUGCGUGAGAACGCUUGGCUAGGUGCUUUCCUCUACCCAGCGGCCCUUAUUUGGUACGGGUGGACAGUGGAUAAAGGGGUGUUUUGGGUGGUUCCGAUGAUCGCAAAUUUCUUUUUUGGUAUCGGUUCAAUGCUCAUAUUCAGCAUGGUGACCACCAUGUUGACCGAGUUCAUGCCCAAGAAGUCUUCGGAGGGGGUGGCCCUCAACAAUUUCAUGCGAAACAUAUUCUCUUGCGUGGGUUCUCUCGUCACAGCGCCGAUCAUCAAUGGCAUCGGCAAUGGUUGGCUAUUCACCAUCCUCGGUCUGGUCAGCUUUGCAAGCAGCUCGGUUAUCUUCUUGAUGAGGGUUUUUGGUCCUCGCUGGAGGAAGACGAUGGAUGAACGCAUGCGGUGA